ACACCGCGCUGUCAACAGCAGGAAGUUAAGAAUGUGAAGUAUAAUGCGGCGUCUCCUGUCAUUGAUAUCAUUUCCUCAUUUUUUAUUUUUAUUUACGCUGUCUACAACCACGAACACCUGGAUGUGUUGUGUGUAUUCUCUGUAAGGCGCACGGCAUGCUAACCCCACUCUCUUUGGAGCAAAGGACAUCCAGACACAAGUUACACUAAUGCUGAUGAUUAGUCCCAGAAUGGCCUCAGGAAUGCAAGAGAAACAAUACACACCAUCUCUACUUAGUUUUUUCAUUUAUAACCCAACAUUUGGACCACGGGAGGGAGAGGAGGAGAAGAAGAUUUUGUUUUACCACCCCAGUGAUGUUGAGAAGAAUGAGAAGAUCCGAAAUGUGGGCCUUUGUGAAGCCAUUGUACAGUUCACCAGGACCUUCUGUCCGACAAAACCAGCUAAAUCCCUGCACACACAGAAGAACCGGCAGUUUUUCUUUGAGCCUGAAGACAAUUUCUGGAUAGUCAUGGUGGUUCGGAACCCUAUGAUCGAGAAACCAAACAAAGAUGGUAAACCUCCCACAACAGAAUAUCAGGAGGAGGAAAUACUUGAUACUGUUUAUGGCGCAGUUGUAAGGCAAUGCUACAGUAUGUACAAGCUCUUCAAUGGCACGUUUGGCAGAGCAAUGGAAGCCGGCGGAGUGGAGCUGCUCACUCAGAAGCUUGAAAAGUUCUUCUACAGGUAUCUGCAGACUCUCCACUUGCAGUCCUGCGAUCUGCUGGAUGUAUUUGGAGGCAUCAGCUUCUUCCCACUGGACAAGAUGACCUACCUGAAGAUCCAGUCCUUCGUCAACAGAGUGGAGGAGAGCCUCAGCCUGAUCAAAUACACAGCCUUCCUGUAUAACGACCAGCUUAUCUGGAGCGGACUGGAACAAGAUGACAUGAGGAUCCUGUACAAGUACCUGACCACCUCACUGUUCCCCAGACACUCUGAACCAGAGUUGGCUGGCAGGGACUCUCCUCUGAGGCCAGAGGUUGCAGGGAAUUUGUUGCACUAUGGAAGGUUUUUGACAGGACCUACCAAUCUUAAAGAUCCAGAGGCCAAGUUUCGAUUUCCAAAAAUAUUUGUCAGCACAGGGGAUGGCUAUGAGGAGCUGCACCUGAUUGUUUAUAAGGCAAUGAGUGCUGCAGCUUGUUUUAUGAUCAGUGCCUCUGUAGAGCUGACAAGGGAGUUCUGUGAACAACUGGAUGGCUUGGUGGGCCCUCAGCUUACCUUGCUGGCAUCUGAUAUAUGUGAACAGUUCACCAUUAACCGCAGGAUAUCAGGGCCAGAGAAGGAGCCCCAGUUUAAGUUCAUCUACUUCAACCACAUGAACCUGGCGGAGAAGAGCACCAUCCACAUGAGGAAGACCGCCAGUGUUUGCCUUACCUCUGUCCAUCCUGACCUUAUGAAGAUCCUGGGAGACAUCAACUGUGACUUCGCCAGUUCUUUCUGUCUGUCUCCCAGGGUUGAUGAAGAUGAAGAAAUCAUCGUAAAAGCAAUGACAGACUACUGGGUAGUCGGCAAGAAGUCAGACCAGAGAGAACUAUAUGUGAUCCUGAAUCAAAAGAACGCCAAUCUGAUUGAAGUGAACGAGGAGGUUAAGCGGCUUUGUGCAACGCAGUUCAACAACAUAUUCUUCUUGGACUGAUGGAGCAAAGAGACUGUCUCACCACACUAAAAACUGUCAGUGUUGCAGGGUAUCAUGACAGCAUCAGCGUAAUGCAAUAAUUGCAUUGUAAAAUUAAAGAUAUAAUAAAAUGCGUUCUCAACAUUUUUUUUUAAUUUAACCUACAAAAAAUUGUAAUUUCCUCUUGUAAUUAUGUGUAAAAAUCCAGAUUUUUACUGUACAUGUACUUUAUUUACUUUUGUUUUUUGUACAUACUUGUAGGAUUUUGUUAACUGUUUAUUUCGAUUUCUCUCAAAUUACAAUUUGUUAA